UAAGGCCCAAUCCAAUAUCAAAUUUCACAAAACCCUAAUAAUAAUAAAAUUCUUCUCCCAUAUAAACCAAAAAUAACAUUGAAGCUUUGAACUCUGCCAAGAAGAAAAAGGUGCACGCAAGCCGUCAUCGUCCAAACAACCCUAGAGCUUCAACAAUGUCGUCGAAGAGAAAGGUUAGAGAGCCUAAAGAAGAGACUGUGACUCUUGGUCCUGCUGUUAAAGAUGGAGAACACGUUUUUGGUGUUGCUCGUAUCUUUGCUUCAUUCAACGAUACCUUCAUUCACGUCACUGAUUUGUCUGGGAGAGAAACACUUGUCCGAAUUACUGGUGGAAUGAAGGUGAAAGCUGAUAGAGAUGAAUCAUCUCCAUAUGCUGCUAUGCUUGCUGCACAAGAUGUCGCUACCAGAUGCAAGGAAUUAGGCAUAACUGCUCUUCAUAUCAAGCUCCGUGCAACCGGAGGAAACAAGACCAAAACUCCAGGCCCUGGGGCUCAGGCUGCUCUCCGUGCUUUGGCACGUUCAGGAAUGAAAAUUGGUCGCAUAGAGGAUGUGACCCCAAUUCCUUCAGACAGUACUCGCAGAAAGAGUGGUAGAAGAGGUAGAAGGCUCUGAGUUUGCUAUGGUAUUAUGGAUGGGAGCUACUUUUCUUAUUUUGGUCGCUGUUUUGUUUCAUUCCAGACUGUAUUCUCUCGUAUUUAAACUUAGAUUAAAAUCAGUUUUGCUACUUAAUUGUAUUUCUUGUUUCUGAGUUGGCCUAAUAUUCUACCUAAGUUUAUUUACAUCUAGUUAAGAGUCCAAUGAAAUUUUAUCAUGUUCUGUGA